AUGAAGCUCCUCGUCCUCAUUAGCAUCACUCUUGGCGUCGCGGCCGCGAACCCUACCUACUCCGCUCCCGGCGAUAUCCUCACGAGCAAGGGAUGUCUGCUGUACGAGGGCUGCUCGACGCCUAGCAGCGGUUCUCCAGAGGAGACCAACGUCCCAGUGGCGACCUCGAUCUUGACACAUCCGUUGCUCCCCCUCCCCGAGGAGACCGAUGUCCCGGUGGUGAUAUCAACCAACGUUCCAGUGUUGAUCACGCUCUUGCCGCACCCGCUGCUAUCCCCAACCAAGGAGACAGACGUUCCGGAAACGAGCUCGAUCUUAACGCACCCACUGCUUCCUUCUUCCGAGGAGACCGACAUUCCGGUGUCAAGUACCAUCUUAAUCGAGACUGAGGAUCCAGUGACGACCACAACCUUGACCAAUCCGUUGCUCCCUCCCCCCAAGAAGACCGAUCACAACCCAUCGGCCUUUCCCACAACCCCUCCUACUUUCACACUCACUCCUUCGGGAACUGUCCAACCGCCUGUGCCCACCAGGUCGGAGCCCGCAGGUCCUGACCAUUCGUGGAUCACACGCGAGCAGCCGCCGCCUGUCGAGCCGACUUCCUCGGAGCCCGCAGGCCCCGACCAUACAUGGAUCACCCGCGGGAAGCCGCCUGCCGAGCCGACCUUCACUGAUCCCGACCUCCACAGCACGAAAUGCAUGCUGGUCGAAGGUUGCUCCACUUCAGCCGAGAUGAGUGCUCUUCCCGCCGAGCCCACGCAGACUCCGCACCCACAGCUACCGCAAUGUGUCGACACACACUGUCCCUCACAUCGCAAUCCAUUCACAUUCCCUGUGAUGACUGCCCCAGUUGAGCCCGUCACCGUACCGACUAAUUCGCUCAAGCACGUGUGGAAGACUCCCGGGGUUGUUGUCGCCCGAGCAGAGCCGACCACAUUGACCAAGGCUGUGAAGCGCGUCUAG